AUAUGCUAUUUACAUCCUCAUUGAUGGUGUGGAUGAGAUCCCUUUUGACAGAAGGAGAGAACUGUGCAGAUUGCUGUCGCACUUGGCUGGACUCAAUAUGCCUCACGUCCGUAUCUUUAUCACGAGCCGAAGCCAGCUAGACAUCCAAGAAGUGAUGACUAGCUCUGCUUCUUGGGGCCAGUUUCCAAUAGAAAAAGGAACAGUGCAGCCGGAUAUCGAUCAAUAUGUUUCAUGCCAAGUCGAAUCGGAAGAGCGAUUUCAAUACUUGCCAACAGAUGCAAUAGAGGCGAUAAAGACUAGAGUUGCUGGCCAAGCAAACGGAAUUUAGGUUUCUCUGGGCCGUCCUUCUGUUGAAGUGUCUGCCUCGGCUCAGAGUCUGGACGUCCGAGGAUGUCAUGGAAGCAUUGAAUUCCCUGCCAGAAGAUCUUAAUAAGGCCUACUCCAAGAUCUUGCGCCAAAUCGACAAGCCAAGGAUACCGAUGGCUUGUCGGGCACUGAUGUGGCUAAUGUUCUCUAAAAGGCCUUUAUAUAUCGAGGAACUCGUCGACGCCUGUGCCAUUGACCUCCAGCAACAACCAGUGCUUGGCAAGCGUUUGCAGCCUUAUAAUAUUUUCGAAAUGCUUCAUGAUCUCAUUUUAAUUCACCCUCCCAUCAUCUCGCGCUCGGAUCAUAUACCACCUCGCACACGGACUGUUACUUUAUUCCACGCAUCUCUUAGGGAAUUUCUAUGUAACAUUGAAAGACAUGGUACCGAAGUCCCUCCUCAAAUCCUACAAUUCGAUCUUAAGGAGCCAGCCGCUCAUAAUUUGAUCGCUAACUCAUGUUUCGAUUAUCUUUAUGAGUACAAUAAACCAGGCUCUAAGCGAGACGAGUUCCCCCUUAUUGAGUAUGCCUUCUAUGAAUGGGAGAGACAUGUACAUUGGAACAGCCCGGAUACCCUUCAUGUUCAACGAAAUGCCGAUGCAAUAAUUCGAACAGCAGCACUAGACUUAUUUAUUCGAUGGAAGCAGUUGUUAGAAAACCGAAUCCUAACGACAAUGGAUGAGGAUAAAGAGUUCUCGGAUUUCUUGCGUGAGAAAAAUGGUGUCAAGUUUCUGGAGGCAAUAAACACGCCAUACUUUCACCCGAACUACGAUCUCUUUCAUCUACCAACUACAUCUUCAAGUAUAUUCAAACCAUUGCCGACGUCACGCCCUAUAGUGAGGUUCUUGGAAAUGCUCCCCUGCCUCGAUACGACGUCAAAGCUUGAAUGCCGUUUGUUUGAAGCUGGUCUAGACGAACGUCCAAGAUACGUGGCAUUGUCCUAUGCCUGGGGAAGUCAGGCAUCUUAUCAAGAUGAGAUCUUAGUUCAAGGAGUACCAUUUCAACUUGUUCCAUCGCAAGCCCGACUUCUUAGAGCCUUGAGAUCUCGCGUGGACGGAUCUCCCUCUGCCAUUUGGCUGGAUACUUUAUGUAUUAACCAAAGGGAUUACACAGAGAAAGGAUACCAAAUUAGUCUCAUGGAUCGCAUUUACAUGCAAGCACACGAUGUGAUCAUUGUGUUUGGAGAGCAAAUAGAUACUGACAGGCAAGGGAUCAAUGCUCUAUACAAGUUUGUGGAAAUAUCAGAACCACUACAAGGAAAUAAUGCAACAGACCAUGAUAGGAACAUCGAAGAAGCAUCUACCGCACUUCAGUCACUGCAUUCAGAUGGAUCUAUCAACGCCAUGGCUGCAUUAUUCAGAGACCCAUGGUGGAGUCGCAUCUGGGUUGUACAAGAGGCAGUAUUAGCAGCAAACGCCAUUGUCCUCUUCGAUUCCUUGUCAUUCAACUUUAAUGCUAUCGUACAAGCUAUUAAGGCCGAGGAGGUGAUAAUUUCCGCUUUGCCACCUGAAAUAAAAGAGACCUUAUUCGAAUUAGAAAGCAAUGAAGGAUGGCAGGCGGCAAAAAGGAUAAUGCGGACCCGGUCUCAGUGGAGAGAAUCCGGUGGUCUACCUCUCUCUGCAUUAUUGUGGCGUUUCAGAUCCCAUAAUUGUAUUGUUCCUAGGGAAAGGAUAUAUUCACUCCUAAGGCUUUGUAGAGAAGAAACUCCUUUCCAUUCCUCUGACUAUGCCCAGCCGGACUUAUUUUUGUUCAAAAAGCUCACAAAGUUCCUCAUUCAGACUUCUACGUCUCUGGACAUCCUCUCUGUGUGCUCCGCAUACCAACAAUAUAUAGCAUACGUGGAAGCGGUGCCGUGGAUCCCGUUAUUAAUGGAGAAACGCGAUACGGUCCCUCUUAUUUUAGGAGUGUUUGAUUGGCCAGUGCCUCGAGCUAUUUACUCCGCCUCCGGUGAUAUAUUCCCUGGUCACCUGGAGCUCUCCAGCGACUAUCUCCUGGAAGCGAAAGGAAAGAUAUUUGACACCGUAGAGGUUGUGGGGCCCUCCCUCGAUAUUGGAAUCGAAAGUUUAUGUCAACAAAUAUCUCGGUAUCAGGAAGACUACUGUAGGGAGACGUACCUCGACACAGAGUCCCUGAUCAAUGCCAGAUGGAGAACGCUUUUGGCGGAUCAGUGGCCUCUUGGACAAAGACUAAGAGGAGACGACACAAUAAUGAGAGGCUUCAAGAUACCAUCAUCUGUAGCUGAAGAGAAGGACCUACUUGCUCAAGAAGGCAUCGCCAAUGAAAUGCCCUUCUUAGAAGGUCGCAAUAUCAUAGUCACAUCCGCCGGAUACCUAGGUCUAGGCCCUGAAGAAACUAAAAAGGGAGAUAGGGUCGCAUUAUUAGCGGGAGGUGCUGUCCCCUAUAUCGUUAGACCGCAAAAGCAAAACGAAAUAGGGAUAGACCGGUACCCCUUUGUUGGAGAGUGUUACAUCCAUGAUUGCAUGGACGGUGAAGCCUUGCGGCGACUUCCUAGUUUCAAAAAGGAAUCACACAAGUGGGCAACAGAACUGGUGAUCAACUAAUACUGAGGUCAUCGCCGACCGUAUUGGUAUGACUCAGAACCGCCAGAACCGCCGUACAUGCGCGAGGGUUUCCGAAAGAAUAUUAAAAGGACACCAUUGACUUUAGGAAGA